UCCUCAGGUUGCCACUCGUCUCCUGGCCCACAAGAUCCAGUCUCCCCAGCAGAGAGAGGCUCUGCAGGCCCUCACAGUUCUAGAAGCCUGCAUGAACAACUGUGGCAAGAGGUUCCACAGUGAGGCGGCAAAGUUCCGCUUCCUCAAUGAACUCAUCAAAGUCCUGUCUCCAAAGUUCCUGGGGCAGUGGAGUGGUGUGGAGGUGAAGCUGAGGGUGACGGAGGUUCUGUACAGCUGGACUAUGUGGCUCAAAGAAGAACCCAAGAUUCAGGAGGCCUACCGCAUGCUGAAGAAACAAGGCCUUGUGAAGAAGGACCCUAAACUCCCAGACACCAUUGUGAUGCCUCCUCCCUCACAGAGAGUUGAGGACUCCGUGUUCAACCAGGAGGACAAGGCCAAGUUGUUAGCCACACUCCUGAAGAGCAGUAGUCCUGAAGAUCUGCAGACAGCCAACAGACUGAUCAAGAACACCAUCAAAGAAGAGCAGCAGAAAGCAGAGCUUGUAUCUAGACGUGUCUCUACCCUGGAGGAGGUCGCUAGCAGAACCAGACAGCUGAGAGAGUUGCUACAGCAACACGGUCUCACUGGGCCCUCCACACACCACACUGACCACCUGAAGGCCCUCUAUGAGAGCUGUGAUAGGCUCAGACCCAACCUUUUCCGAUUGGCCAGCGACACCGUCGACGAUGACGAAGCUUUAGCUCAGAUCCUGCGGGCCAAUGAUGAGCUGACCCUGGUGGUCAACAUGUAUAAAGACAUGAUGGGGGGGAGAGAGAGCAACAGGAUGAGAGGAGGAGGAGGUGGAGAGCGCUCCAUACACAACGGUCCCAGCAGCCCCAGAGAGAUAAAGAGUUACCAUCUAAUAGACCUGUCAGCGCUGGACUCUCCACAGACACAUAGACCACCUUCUGAAGACACGUCUUCCUCCGUCUCACCUCCCCACCACGUCUCCUCCUCCCCCUCCUCUACCCCCCAGCCUCGGCUUGGCACCCCUCCUCCCUCCUCUUCCUCUCCCUCCUCCUCUCCUCUCGCCCGUCAACGGCUCAACAGUACUCCCCUAUCUCUAAUCGAUCUGGACGUGACAGGGCUGGAUAAACCAGCAUCGUCUCAGAGCCAGAGCAGCACGUACUACCAUGAACUACUCCAGAUGAGAGGAGGAGAGGAGAACACAGGGAGAGACCAUUCCCUGACCACGUGGGGGUGUGGAGGGAGAGACCACCCACUGGUGGCCCGGGGUUGCGGCAGUGACUCGUCAAAUGGAACUGACUGGGCGUGCCUUCAGAAUCGUCCAAUUGUGAUGUCAGGACCACCAUCAAACUCACAGAGUCAGCCAAUGACAGAGUCAGGAUCUCCAGUGAAAUCGGAGAGUUUCAAUCUCCCAGAAUCCUUAGCAGAGAUCCACGUCCCGCUGGAAUCCAUUAAACCAAGUCGAUUGGAGCCAAUCACGGUGUUCGACCAGAAUGGCGUCCAUGUUUCCCUCCAUUUUGCCAAAGACCCGCCCCCGGGACACCCUAACGUUGCUGUGGUUAUCGUCUCCACGGUGAACUCCUCCGCACUUCCUGUUAAAGACAUCCUGUUUCAGGCUGCCGUUCCCAAGACCAUGACAGUGAAGCUCCAGCCGUCUUCAGGGAAUGACCUCCCCUCCUACAACCCUCUGCUGCCCCCUGCUGCCCUCUCACAGAUACUGCUCCUCUCCAACCCACACAGGCGUAAGGUACGUCUGCGCUACAAGCUGACCCUGGUCCAUGGUGAUGGAGAGCAGAGCCUCAGUGAGAUGGGAGAGGUGGAGGACUUCCCUGACUGGGUCUCCUGGAUGGGCCUCUGAUCUGAGAGAACCCUGCAUGGAAUUCUAGAACCUGAGAGAGAGAGAGACAUUCUAGAACCUGAGAGAGAGAGACAUUCUAGAACCUGAGAGAGAGACAUUCUAGAACCUGAUAGAGAGAGACAUUCUAGAACCUGAGAGAGAGAGAGACAUUCUAGAACCUGACAGAGAAAUAUUCUGGUACCUGAUAGAGAAAGGUUCUGCAGCAUAAUGUGGAACCCUCUGCGAUUGCUGCCUUGACCGCCAUGAUGUCAUGUAGUUGGUCAUGUGAUCUGUGAUGCGCGUGUAUUUACUUUUGAUAUGCGGUCUUCCUUGGAGGUUCUUAAAAACUGAUAUUUAUUUAGUAUUUGAAGUAGGCUCUGGGAGACCAGUCUAGUGUUAGGUGUGUGUGUGUCCAUUUGUGUGUUCUUGUGUUUGUCUGAUUGACCCGGCUUUGUCAACUCGGUGCCAAAUGACCCACCUGGGUUACGUUUCUCCACCUUUUUAUACCAAACUAGACCAGGUGAACCAGGUGCCUCUGCUACUGACCUGUUGUUCACCGUCUGAUUGAUUGAUUGAUGCCUCAGAUACGACACUCUGAAAUCUGUGAUCAAUAAAACAUAGAAUGCUGUUCUUA